AUGAGGCCCGUCUACAUGGAGACGCUGCGCACCUGCGAAGUCUAUGACCCCUCCCGCGACCGCUGGGACCCGUUCCCAGACUUGAAGAUCGCCAGAGCUGGCGCUCGCGUGGUGGUAAUCGGCGACCAGCACCUGGCCGUGGUGGGUGGCUGCGAUGACGUCUUUGGCCGGGCGGAGCUACUAAACUCGGUGGAGCUGCUGGACAUCCACGCGGGAACCUGGGUCCUCCUCAAUCCUUUGUUGAGGGCGCCCCGUACGACAGCUGCAGUUGCAGCACUGGACGACAGAAGUAUUUUGGUCAUGGGCGGGGCGCCCUCCCUGGCCACUGCGGAGCUGUUCACCGUGUUCAGCAAGCCUGCUCGACAAGGUGAAGAUGACCAUCAGGUUUGCACUCUGAGCGAAGGGAGGAUGGGCUGCCAAGCAGCCUGCCUUCGCUUGCCUUCUGAAGGAAAGACCUUCCCGAUCUGUGACCGACAGUGUGUGGUGGUGGUGGGUGGCGAAAAUGGCGACGAUGACAAUGACAACCCCUCCAGGCAGUUUAGCAGCGUGCUCGUGUACGAUGCCCGGGCCUUUGGCUUGUGUCCGGACUGUGAUUGGCCGGGAAAUGGGAAGGAUGGCCAGCCUCGUUUUGGGAUUUCGCAGGGCAGCUUCCCAGAGCUCCCCACCACCCGCACCGCAGGGGGCCCCGAAAAGGAGGGGAUCGGAGAGGGGCAGAGGCCCAAAAAGGCGAAGGGUCCGGUGUCCACUUCGGCGGAGAUCACCGGGUGCAUUCACGGCUUGCCUGCGGGGGUCCAGGACUGGGCGAACGAGCCGGCCGAGACAAGACCUGGCUGCGGGGAGACCGAGUUCCACUUGAAAGAUCGCAUGCUUUCCAGCGAUUUUGAGGAUGUUGCAGACUUUGUAGCGGCACGUUGCCCCUUUCACUGGCAUCCAGGAACCAUGAGGAACGAAUGGGCUCCCGAGACUCCAGUGCAAAACCUGGAGCCCAACGAGAAGCUCCCCGAAAGGCCCACAUUGGCCUUCAUGAUCAUCUACGAACGAGACAAGUUUGGACUCAGUGGAUGGACGCUGGUGGCAGCUCCUAUGGCCCAGGUUCCGGCGGCCGUCGGAGGCGGGCUGUUGCCUCGGGGCCUGGUAGAACCAGAAGUCAAUUGGCGGGGACCGCAGGUGCACGAAAACUUCGAGCACCACCCCCAUGGCGACCAUCAUGAGGAGUCUAUCUUCGAGGAAUUCGUCGAGGAGGUGACGCUCUGUCCAUGGCUGCUUUUUGCCGAAAUCAGCCUGGUGGUUUUACUGUCGGCGCUUUUCGAAUGGGUGCAGCAUUGGGUGCGCCACCAGAUGGACACGUCUGGGGACAAGGUCGGAGGGCAGAUCAUGGAUGUCCUUUUCAGGGAGUUCUCCGGCCUUGGCUUCAUAGGCAUGUUCCUUUUCCUGGUGACCCAGAGCCACAUCACGGAGGACGUGCUGGGCAAGAAGGUCUUUGGAGAUAGCUUGGACGAGAUGGGAGUCGCGGAUCCUGUGGCCGAGUCGUUUGAAACCGUCCACAUGAUGAUUUUCCUCCUCAUGGCCGUGCUGCUGUUUCAGGCCAUGGCCAUGCUGCGGGUCACCCAGACCGUCAUCGAGACCUGGGGGCGCUACGAGCGCGCUAGGGCAUGGGGCCUGCGUCAGGACUCCUUAGAGUCCCUCUUCUGCGAGGGCGGCUUCCUAGAGCGUGCUACGGCUCCAGAGGCGCCCAGAGGCCUGGAGCUGCUUUUCAGGCAGAACUUCACUUAUCAGAUCCCGCUGCUGCGGUGGAUGGUGCUCCAUCAUGACACGCUGCACAAUCUGGUGAUGUGGAGGGCCAUUCGGCACCAGUUCAUCUUCGGUAAGAAUUCUGAGGCGCGAAGCGGGCACAUCACAUGCCCCCGUCAGUUCAGCUUCGAAGCGUAUCUGAGAGAACGCCUGGGGCACAUCGUGGUGUGCGUGGUGGAGGUGGAUAAGAACAUUUGGCUCAUGACCUUAGUGACGUUGACUCCCUUGGUGUACUGGUGCAUCCACUUGGAUUUUUUCGCAGUCGGGGAGUUUUUGUGCAUGAGCGCCUACUUCCUACUGGCCGCGGGCAUUCUGGUGGGCUACCUACUGGAGACGGACACCUUGUGCCUCACCCCCACACUGCCGCUGGAUGCGCGGAAGAUACUCAUACUCUUCUCUGGAACCAGCACCUAUAUGCUCAUGAAGCAUUACGACGUGAACUCCACGGUGAACGCGGAGCUCAAGUUCGGCGCGCCGGGCCUGCAGGGCCUGGAGCGGGAGAAGGUGGAGCUUGGCCGAGCCCCGCUCACUGACUUGAAGCGCUUGAGCCUGACCUCGGAAAGGUACGCCUUUAUCUUCGAGCUCUUGGCCUUCUGGCAAGCCAUCCAGGUGACCUGCUUGGUGCUCUUCUACUUGAGCGUUUCACUGGAGGACUGGUGGGAGAUCCUCUUCUACGCGCUCGCCUGGGCGGAGUGGCCCUUGAUGCUCUUUGGAGUGAUGCCGGUCUUGUUGGAGCGGCUCACCAUUCGCAGCUCCAUCGGGGACGAGACAGACGAGAACUUGGUGCGGGCGGUGUCUCUGGAGACCAAGGCCAUGUUGCUGAGGUACCACGUCCGCUUGGCUCAGCUGAUGGGCUAUGAGCGCCGCGUCAAGGUACAGAACCUCUCGGAGGAGCAUCAAAUUGAGAGGCAAGCUACGGAGCCUGUGCUUCCAUCGGAGGUGCAGGAAGAGGGCCACGAGGCGUUUGCCAAGCCGGGCAAGCGCCUGCGCUCUGCAGUGCGUAAGGUGCAGCUUUUUACGCGGCUGACCCAGUCCAAGCAGCGUUCCCAGCAAGCCUGGCAGCGAGGCUUGCGCCUCUUCCGGGCUUUGCCCUACAGCGAGCAGCACGAGAUUGAGCAGAUCUUUUCCAGCCUCGACAUCAACAACAACGAGGAGGUGAUGCUGCACGAUUUGGCGGCCCAUUGGAAGGCUAUGGGCUUCACCAACGCCCAGGACUCGGCCGAGGAGCUGCUGUCGAGCAUCGACUAUGACGGCAGCAAGCAGCUCACCUGGAGCAAGUUCCAGGCGGUGGCCGCGUUGGCCAUCUCUGGGAAGGGGGUUACUCUUCACGAUGAUUACGGGCUGCUCUUUGGCCUUAUCGACCGCAAGAAGAGCGGAAGGAUCACGGUCUUCGAGAUCGCCAGCUGGUUGGAAGAGAUGAAGAGCGGCAUGACCGAAGUGGAUGUGGCGAGCCUUUUGUACCAGCACUUUGGCCAGGCCAAGCCGGCAGUCGACCGAGCGGAAUUCGUGGACUGGAUCACGGAGAUUGGCCUGCAGGGUGUUCGCACAGGCGGCCACGGUCAGAAACAUGGCGGUCACUGA